AUGGCUUUCCAUAGAGCCGACCGUUGUCGCCAUCGCCACGUUUCGCGCAUCUCGUCGUCGCUUAGGAACAGCUUGUGUGAAACGGAUUGGCUGACCGUCACCGCCGUUGUCUUCGUGUUGCUCUUGGCUUCCCUGGCCACCUGCCUGUCUUCUGUGUCCGCCGUCGAGCUGCCGGACAUCUACUGGAAUUCAAGCAAUCCGCUGUAA